UGCUGUGUGCUUUGUGCUGUGUGCUGUGCCUGCCAAGGUGUUUGCUCUUCCCAACGUUCAACCGCUGGCUGGGUUCGGCGUUGGCUGUCUUGGCUGUUGGUAUUUAACUGGAUCGCCACUUCUUCCGCCUCUCCGGCUCUUCUUGACCGCAUCAUGGGAAGCAAAUUGUCCUCUGCGCAACGCUCCAAGACGCACCAGGCGGAGACCACAAAAUACUACGAUCAUGCUAUCCGGCUGUUGGAAUACCGACCGAGUUGCACGUGAAAGCCGAGCCCCCGACGGAAAAGAGGAAUUGUAGAGAAAACGUAGAUCACUGCUUGUGCAUCCUUGCACACGCCGGAUAGAAACACUCGAGGGACGGAAGAAGAGCCGGCUGCAGAAGCUCAAGGAGUCGGAAGCAAAGUGGAAGGCGGCCCAAGAAAAGACGCAGUCUUCCCCUCCGCCCAACAGGGGUGUAAAUCGAUGACCGGUGUCGUACUUGGUUGUAAGUGUUCAUUUCACCUCAGGUGCACCUCAGGUGCAUGGCCGUGCCUAUGCACCUGGUGACGCGACACACGUUCUGUUGAUAUGGCCUCAGCCUGGUUGUGUCGGGAACGGUGUCUUGCUGUAAACAGUCACGCUUACGUGGCUCUCUCCUACAUGAUGUGGGCAAUCGUUCUUUUGGUCGGGAAGGGGCGUGGCGCUGUGCCUUUGGGGUAUUCUACAAUGUACAGGUAAAAAAUUGUGACGGCACUGGUGCCAAAGCCUGGUGGUAGCCACACAGGCUUGAACGCAGGGUGAGGUCGUUUCAGACGAUUGCACUAUUUUGGUACAAGAAGCUGGAGUUAUGUAGAGACAACGUGUCGGCAUGGAGUAGGGAGGCAACCAAUAGUCUAUGACUGGAUCAUCUUUUGCAUUACCGCCGUAUCCCGGGGUCAGUUUUCACGCGAAACAAAAUGGCGCUGUUGCGAGCACGGCCUGUGCGUCUGAACUGCACAACAUCGCAAGUUGGUUCCGCGGGGCGUGAUCGCAAGGCAGAGUUCUGGUGAACCGUCGCUGGUUUGAUGGGGCUUCUCGUUGGCACCACCACCAUUAAUGUGUCUGGUGUCAAUGAUGUCAUAAACCAAGCACCGCGGAGGACUCGGUAACAAGUAAGUUGGCCCAAAGUCUCACCAUCGCGCCGU